AUGGUUGUGGCAGGCAGCACCGCCGGAUGGGUAUCGAUCUGUGCUGCCCAACCUUAUCGCCAUGCAGCGCAGGACAGCAACAGGGCAUGGCAAAGGGCUCUUCAACUUCUCGCACCCGGUGCAGAUGAGAAAAGGUUCUUCGAUGUGAUCUGUGUUCUGGGGAAUGCCUGGCAGUGGCACUUCGCAGUGGAAGUCCUUGACUAUAUGGCCAGGGCCAGUGUGCAGGCCACGGUCUUUUGUUUCACGGCGGCUUUAAGUGCAUGCGAGAAGGCUACUCGUUGGCAGACAGCCGUCCAGCUGCUGAACGACAUGGGACAUGCGAAAGUGCGACCUAACAUUGUCACUGUCAAUGCCCUCAUCAGUGCAUGCGGGAAAGCCAGUGAAUGGCAGCUUGCAUUGCAAUUGACUUUCAGCAUGCAGAGGGCAGAGGGACUUAGGGCGGAUCAGGUCACAUACUGCGCUGCCAUCAGCGCAUGUGAGAAGGGGCUCCGCUGGCCACAGGCCCUUCACAUUUUUGCCUCAAUGCCCGGCACCAGAUUAGUGCAAGACGUGGUUGGCUUUAGUGCCACCAUCAGCGCAUGUGAGAAGGGCGGGCAAUGGGAGACGGCCCUGGGCCUGCUGGCACAGAUGCCAACAGCAAGGGUCACACAGGAUGCCGUUUGCAUCAGUGCCGUCAUUAGCGCCUUUGAGAAGGGCACACAGUGGCCCCUGGCACUCCACCUUUUGGCAGCAAUGCCGCAAUUCAGACUCAUCCCGAACGAAGUCAGCUUCAGUGCUGCCAUCAGUGCUUGCGGUAAAGGAGAGCAAUGGCAAAGAGCUUUGCAGCUGCUCUCCGAUAUGCCGACCGUACAUGCUAGACCCAACCAGGUCACACUCAGCGCUGCAGUAAGAGCCUGCGGAGAACUCUGGUGGAUUGCACUUCAAUUGGCACUGGGACCCGAGACGAAGGCUCUUUGCAACGAGGUCGUCCGGCAUGCUGCCAUCAGUGCAUGCGAAAGAGCCGGGCAGUGGGAAGCGGCUUUGCACUUGCUUUCAAGUUUGUCUUCCGUGCAGGAGAUCAUGUACACGUCGGCAAUCGGUGCAUGUGCCAGAAGCUUGCAAUGGCAGAGGGCCAUUCAGCUUUUGUCAGGCAUGCGUGCAGAAGUGGUGGAGCCAACAGAAAUCAGCUACAGUGCCGCCAUGGGCGCAUGCCAUGAAGCAGGUAAGUUUAAGCCUGCACUUAGCCACAUGUCAGAAGAGACCUGUGUGCGGACAUUGCGCGGGAUCCGCUUUGCGCAAAUGAAUUCUGGGCAUAGUGCCAGAAAUUGCUGGGGCACUGGCAAGGUGCAUCUCAGCUGCCACAAAGCAUGGCUGGUGUGCAGACAGAGAACGAGAACUCAGUCUUCCUGA